AUGCUUCUUUUGCAAACCCGGGGUCGUGUGCCCUCCUCUCUGCGGAGUUUUCCCAAGCGGUCGUUGACGUUUGCCCGACCGCUUUCUACAACCCCUCAUAGACAAAAGGCAUCUGCCUCAGAGGAUGUCGAUGAAGGUCUAAACAAGGUCUCUCGCCAUAUCACUCAGCCCAUCUCCCAAGGUGCCUCACAAGCCAUGCUUUACGCUACUGGGCUGACGGAGGCCGAUAUGAAUAAAGCUCAAGUUGGUAUCUCGUCUGUCUGGUAUAAUGGCAACCCUUGCAACAUGCAUUUGCUUGACCUCAACAACCGUAUCCGCGAGGGCGUGCAGAAGGCUGGUUUGAUCGGCUAUCAGUUUAACACGGUCGGUGUCAGUGAUGGUAUCAGCAUGGGUACAAAGGGUAUGCGAUACUCUCUCCAAAGCCGAGAUCUGAUCGCCGACUCCAUCGAGACUGUGAUGGGAGGCCAAUGGUACGAUGCCAAUAUCAGUAUUCCUGGUUGCGACAAGAACAUGCCGGGUGUUCUGAUGGCGAUGGGUAGAGUAAAUCGACCUAGCUUGAUGGUUUACGGAGGCUCCAUCAAGCCCGGUUGUGCAGCCACACAAGACAAUGCCGACAUUGAUAUUGUCUCUGCUUUCCAAGCUUACGGACAGUUUAUCACCGGGGAAAUCACCGAACCCGAACGAUUCGAUAUUAUCCGACACGCCUGCCCCGGAAAGGGUGCGUGUGGAGGAAUGUACACUGCCAACACGAUGGCCACCGCUAUCGAAACCAUGGGUAUGACUUUGCCCGGUUCUUCUUCCUUCCCGGCCGACUCCAAGGCCAAGUACAUUGAAUGCCAGGCAGCUGGCGAGGCAAUCAAAAACUUGCUCAAGGAGGAUAUCCGCCCCAGGGACAUCAUGACCCGUCAAGCCUUUGAGGACGCCAUGAUCGUGGUCAAUAUCACGGGUGGUUCUACCAACGCCGUGCUGCACCUUAUUGCUAUCGCCGACUCGGUUGGUGUUAAGCUGGAUAUUGAGGACUUCCAGGCCGUAUCUGAUCGUACGCCAUUUCUGGCCGAUCUAAAGCCAUCUGGAAAGUACGUCAUGCAUGAUUUACACAAGAUUGGAGGCACUCCCUCUCUUCUCAAGUUCCUGAUCAAGGAAGGCGUUCUCAAGGGUUCUGGCAUGACGGUGACCGGAAAGACAAUGGCCCAGAACCUGGAGAAUGUGCCAGACUUCCCAGAGAACCAGAAGGUUAUCCGUCCUUUCUCCAAUCCGAUCAAGGAGACUGGUCACAUUCAGAUUCUCAGGGGUUCGCUGGCCCCUGGUGGAAGUGUUGGCAAGAUUACCGGCAAGGAGGGCACUUGCUUCACUGGUAAAGCACGUGUAUUCAACGACGAGGAUGACUUCAUUGCUGCCCUGGAGCGCAAUGAAAUCAAGAAGGAAGAGAAGACCGUUGUGGUCAUCCGCUAUACUGGGCCCAAGGGUGGUCCUGGCAUGCCCGAAAUGUUGAAGCCCUCCUCUGCUCUUAUGGGUGCUGGCCUUGGCAACUCGUGUGCCCUGAUCACUGAUGGACGUUUCUCUGGCGGUUCUCAUGGAUUCCUUAUUGGUCACAUUGUCCCUGAAGCUGCAGUUGGCGGACCUAUUGGUCUUGUCAAGGACGGUGAUGUUAUCACUAUCAAUGCCGAGAAGCGUGCCCUCGACCUCGAGGUUGACGAGGCCACACUUGCCGAAAGACGAAAGGAAUGGGAAGCCGACAGGGAUUCUGGAAAGCUCCCUCCCACUGGUCUGACUAUAAGAGGAACAUUGGGCAAGUACGCUAGACUGGUCAAGGAUGCCAGCCAUGGUUGUGUUACCGAUUCCUUAGACUAG